AUGGGCUGCUCUCCAUCACGGGGGAACAGUCUCCAUGGAGUACAGGGUACAUUCAGAAGAGGGAGAACUCUACUUCCAGGGACUCAGGAGAGCCCAGGAGAAUCACAGUCUGAUGAUGGGAGCAGUGGAGGAUCUUACAGAGGGGACACAGAUAGAAACAAAUCAACGGUUCAAAACAACACAAGUUCCACGUCAUUAGGGAAAAAAUUCUCUUCGGCUGAGCCUGCAACUGACGGGGCUGCUUCUGCCAAACUGGGUACACAAGAGAUUAGUAUCAAUAUAUUAUCUCAAGGGAAGGAAAGACAAGAAGAAAAACGAGAGGCUAAUGAGAAAAAGGGUGCAAAGAAGUCAAAGAAAGUUUCUAAAGGUGUAAAACUAAACAAGAAGAAAGAAAAGGAAAGAAAAAAUGAAGAAAAAGUAGACUUUCCAGAGGCACUUGUGAAGGCUCAUCAAGCAGCAUAUGCAUAUCUCAACCCAAGCAUCACUAAAUAUGAAGAUCUGUUAGGGUUACUAGAUCAUGCAGCCCAAACUCAAAUUUCCUUGCAACCCAUGGUGGCAUUCAUGGUAUUACGUUAUGAGGAAAUAAAUAAAGGGUUGCAGGAAAUCGUGGAAGAGGGGGAGAUGAUGUUCAAAGGAAAUGGAGAACAUCUGGCUUGGCCUUGCGAAAAAAAGAAUUUCUCCUCACCCAACUCAGCAAAAAAUUUGACUUCUUCCACCUGUAGUGAGCCCCCACCAGACCUGCUACAACAGCUCCUUCAGUAUACCGUACAGAAGAUGCGUCAAGUGGGUCAGUCAGUGUGUGGAAUUGGGGAUACCGCUCUUGAGGAGGCAGUGGAUUACUUUUCCUCCAUUACUGAAAUUCUGGAUGAGAAACUCAGGACAAAACGGGCUUCAGAGUCUAGAUUAAUGCGGUUGCUUUCACGGAUUGAGGCUGCAUCACAGAAAAAACCUGGCCCAGAAGACUCUGCGCUUUUUAGUGAAGAUAGUGGACUUGGGGCAGAAAGUGAAUCCCUGGCAGGUUCAGACAGACAACGCCAACGCAGAGAAAGUUGUGAGUCAACUGGAACCAUUCGUGCUACAUCAAGUAGCCCUUGUGGUUUUACACCAGUACACCAAGGCUCAUACAGAGGCAGACUUCUCAAAACAAUGAGCAAAAGCAGCUCUCUUAACUCUAUAGACUCAACUUGCACUCUUACAGCAAAAGAACAGAGGGAUACAGAAUCACUACUUGGUUCUAUAUCCUUGGAUGAAGGUGAAGGGGACAAUGUGGAGAAUGGUAGUGAAGAAGAAAAUUGCAAGGAUAAAAGAAGGAAACAAUCAGAUUCUUCUCUUCCAGACUUUAGUCAACCACGUCGUUUGCCAACAAAGCGAAUAGAGAAUCCACAAAACAUUGAAAUGACAUUAAAGCUGAAAGAUGCCAUUAGUGGCCGGAUUCGUUUUUUGCCAUCCCAAGGCUCUGGAAUAAAGGAAAAACAGACAGACAGCCCAAAGAGCAGCAGUCACCAGUGGACUGAGGAUGGUGACAAAAGUUCUAAAAGACCCCAAACAGCUUCCUCUAAAACUUCCAAGAAAAAGACCACAGUUACAAAACGGUCGAGAUCAGCAGACUCUCUGCGCAAUAAAGCAGAAGAUCCUACACUGACUGAACUUGAGAGAACUCAAAAGGAACUCAACCAAAGGCUGGAGAAGAUGACCAAGGUUAAGUGUGAAGGAAAUACAAAGCAAGGCUCAUCUAAGAAAAUCCAGCAACCGCAAACCAUUUCAUCAGUUGCCUUUGACAGGCAGCGUUCUUUAAAUAGGAACAUUUUUUCUCCAAGUAAUCAAAGAAAGUCAUGCAGUGCAAAAGUAGAGCAAGGAAGUGUAAAGGAUGAGAUGGAAGAAAAAAAGAAAAAGGACAAAGAAAAGAGAAAGGAAAAAGACCUGAAAGCUCCACCUGUUAUAGGGCCUGUUAAGGUAAUACCUGUGCCAAGUCCUCCACCGUCACCUCGCCAAUCUUCAGGAUUGAAUAGGGAAAGGAAUUCUGUUAAAAAACUGAUUGACACCUUUAGUCAGGGGUUGGAGGAAAGUAGACAGAUCCCAGACAGUGCAAAAAUGCUUGGUGUAAGAAAGUGUGGUGUUCCCAUCAUUCCAGGUUUAAGUCCCACUGGCACAUUAGCAUUCAAUGAAAAUAGUAUACUCAGUGGUCGAGGGGAGUCACGAUGUUCUGAAAGGACAGAGGAUCUUGACAUUGACAAUCUACCACCCCCUCCACUUGAGGUACUCAUGGACAAUUCCUUUGAAAAUGUACAGGCAAAGGACACAAGAGAAAAUGUAACAAACAGGGGACGAUCCACCCUACCAAAAAGGUCUGCAAUGUCUCAUAGGUUACGAGCCUCUCUGCACUCUGUCACAGUGCUACCCAGUAGGGGGAAUUUGUGUAAGGGCUCUGUUAGCAUGUCGCCAGUUCGUUCCACGCACCAGGAAACCAGAGGAGUUCUGAAGGGUGGUCACCAUGAUUCCAGCCAUGAAACAGACACGGAAAGCGAGGAGGCUGCCUCCCUCUACAAACAAGCAAGAAAGAUAAUCCACUUAAGGCAUUCUUCUGAAUCACUGACAGAGAAACUUACAGCUGAGCAGGGCCACAGGCAGAUUUCCUCCUGCCAAGGUGAUGUAGAGGUUUCACAAAAGGAGAACAGUAACAAUGAAACACAAGUGCCAAACAGUGCCUGCAGGAGCCAACACCCUUCCACUCCACCUGUAUCCAGAUUUCGCAUGUUACCAUCCACACCUCUGUUACAUCGGAGGCUCCCUAGUCCUCCAGUUUUGAAAAGUCAACCCUCUUCUUCAACUUCAUCGAGUCCUCCUGUAGUUCGCAAACUCCCCACCCCACCUUCCGCUGGCCAACGAACACUUCCAAGCACCCCUGCAACGCGACAAGACCACACCCCCAUCACGAUGACAGGGGUAACCUACCCCUUUAAGGCACCAUCACCUCCUGCUUCCCCAAAAGUGCAGCGAUGGUCCAGAGAAAACAGUACUGAGGACAUUUCCAGAGUAUUUAGUAACGCUCGAUCAGUGUUUUGCCCAGUUUCAUCAUCAUUAUUUGAGGCUCAACCUGUUCCUACACCUAAGCCCCCUCAGGCAUGGGCCUCCACUGGUAGCAGUGUUCUGCCUCGUCCAUGGGGUGAGCGUGGUCGGCUGCCAGUGUCUGCACGAGGGCCUCAGCCAUUCAUCCGGCGCAGUCAGUCAGACAGGAGGCCCAGUCUAAGCCUGCCACCCAGGAUUCCAGUCAUCUCUGUAGCAGAGACCUGUGGGAGUGAACCAGCAAUUAGCACCCAUGGACUGGAAGAUGGUCUAGUCGGAGGAGACAAGCCAUGGAGGGAGCAAACAGAAAUCAGAGGGGCAAUUCGGUCUGUCUCACAUCCAGACUUGUGCAUUGUGGGCCAGGGUUUACAGAGGGAAUGGGGGAAAUGAGGAAGGAGCAAGUGGGAUUAUGGAUUAGCAAACCUUGGAUGGGAUUAAAUCCUUUUUUUUCCUGCUGGGAAAUGAAAAUAGCUAUUUCUGAGAAG